AUGGAAUGGCCCAUGCACAGGGCUAAGCUGAGGGGCCUGCGCCAGUGGAAAGAUGCUGUGCUGCUCUUUGUGGGCAUGUAUGCCCGCGGUGCUGAACUCCUGCCAGAUGUGCUGGAAGAUGCGCUGCCGGUGUCGGGCGUAGCACAGGCAUGGGCGCCUGGACCGCUGCGUUCCCUCCGCAGAGUUCCCAUCGCUAAUGGUGAAACAGGGGCUGCCACCAAGCCGCGGCAGCUGCCGGGUCAGCUUCCCCUGCGGCGCCUGUUUGUGCUGGGAAUCAUGCUCCAGCUGGCGGCCCACCUGCGCCAACAGCGUGGCCCUGAAGCUGCCGUGCAGCUUCCCACUGGAGCGCCAGAUUUCAUACUGCAGGUGCUUGCCUUUCCUUUCUCGCUUGAUGCAUGUUCUGAAUAA